AUGACCCUGUUAGAAUCCCAACCCACGCGUCGUGGCGCGCUCAUUAUUGUCGAGGGGCUUGAUCGGGCCGGCAAGUCGAGUCAGUGUGAGCUGCUGCGAGAUCACCUUCUCACCAAGGGACACGCGGUUGAAUACAUUCGGUUUCCAGACCGAACAACACCCAUCGGCAAGCUAAUAGAUAGCUAUCUACGUAAUGCCUCACACCAAGACGACCAUUCUAUCCACCUGCUCUUCUCCGCGAACCGCUGGGAACUCGCCAAACAUAUCCAGGACACCAUCGCGAACGGAACCACCGUGAUCGUCGACCGGUAUUCAUACUCCGGCGCAGUCUACUCGGCCGCAAAGGCAAAUCCCACACUCUCGCUCGAGUGGGCAUGGCAACCGGAGGUGGGACUGCCCAGACCGGAUAUCUGUCUCUUUCUCAGUAUCUCUCCCGAAGAGGCGGCGAAGCGGGGCGGAUUUGGUGCGGAGAGAUAUGAGAAUGAGUUGAUGCAGAGUCGCGUACGCCAAUUGUUUGGGACAAUAGUUGACCGGCAGCGGGGCGAUGUCUGUGUUAUUGACGCGGGGAGAACGGUUGAUGAGGUGUCCGAAGAGAUUGUGGACGCGGCCGUGGACUGUAUUUCGCGUUUGGACGCGAUUGGGCCUCUGAGAGCCCUGGGACCGCUUACAAUUACCCACUGA